UACAGUGCACACACUCACACUAGCGCUCUCUGACGCGCACGCGCACGCACACGCAUACGUACACUCGUCAUCUGGAGCGCUCGGGAGUUGUUUAAGCGCUCGGACGGUUAAGCGACUCUUCUUUUUCUUCUUCGUGACAAGAAAAGCUUGGUGUUGCCCAUCCGUCUUCAUUUGGAAGGAGCCAACGAGUCAGCAAUCGGCGUCCGUCAACAGGAUACAGCGGCUCGGACGAGAGGAGCUGACGCCGACCCGGCUUAACCAGGGUGGCGUUCCCGCCAGCAGUGCCAGCCACAGCCGGCUCGAUCCAACACCGACGUUCACUCCAGUAUGCUGUUGGUGUGCUAAGGAUGGAGGACUCUAGUUUGUGCCUUGGUAUGUCAUCAGCGGUGCCCGACACCGAAGCCCACCUGAGCAGCGCGGUGCUCAACGGCCGCUACCCGAUCAGCCAGAAGCUCCACCAGCUCACCGCCCAGCUGGGACACGCUUUCCCCGAUCUGCACCGCCCGCAGCAGAUUCCCGAGGAGAAAGCGGCGGCACCGCUGGACGAGAAGAGCCACCACGCCGCCCUGGCCAGCCAACCUAUCAGCAGCCAGAUGGCGCUACUGGCCAACCAGCUCAACCGCGACAUCGACGCCGGAGCUUUGAGCGGCUUGAACGGACGCGUUGACCUGCAGCAAUUCCUCAACGGCCAAAACUUGGGCAUCAUGUCCCAGAUGAACGACAUCGAAGACGACGCCCGCAAGAACAGGAAGUACCCGUGCCCGCUGUGCGGCAAGCGCUUCCGCUUCAACAGUAUCUUGUCGCUGCACAUGCGAACCCACACGGGCGAGAAGCCCUUCAAAUGUCCCUACUGUGACCACAGGGCGGCUCAGAAGGGCAACCUGAAGAUCCACCUGCGGACCCACAAGCUGGGAAACCUGGGCAAAGGCCGAGGUCGAGUCCGUGAGGAGAACCGGCUGCUCCACGAGUUGGAAGAGCGAGCCAUCCUGAGGGAUAAGCAGAUGCGAGGCGGCGGUCUCCUGCAGACGGCCCCGCGCGAACCCCACGUCGGCCUCAACAACAGCGCCAACGCCCUCCAGCAACAACUGGGCUCGGCCUGCGGCCUGCCCACGCCCCCGGGCCUGAUCGCCCCGGAAACCGCCGCCCAGCCGUCGUCCUCGCCAAAACCGACCGGCCCCCAGGACGAGCAGUCCCUUAACCCGGCCGCGGGGUACCGUUGCACCUUCUGCAAGGGCAAGUUCAAAAAGCGAGAAGAACUGGACCGUCACAUCCGCAUCCUCCACAAGCCCUACAAAUGUACUCUCUGCGAAUUUGCCGCUGCCCACGAGGAGGAGCUUAUCAGCCACGUGGAGAAGGCCCACAUAACCGCCGAGAACACGCAGGGCCAGGGUUCCGGCGCGUCAGGUGGCAUGCAGAUGGCCACAGAGUUCCGCUGCGACGUGUGCGGCCAGGUGUUCAGCCAGGCCUGGUUUCUCAAGGGUCACAUGCGGAAACACAAGGAUUCCUUCGAGCACUGCUGUCAAAUAUGUGGCCGUCGCUUCAAGGAACCCUGGUUCCUCAAGAAUCACAUGAAGGUCCAUCUAAACAAGCUGGCCAUCAAGAGCAAACCGCCGCAGCCAACCGAGCAGGACGUGGCGUCUGUCAACAGCAUGAGCAGCCUGGCCCAGGAAGCUCACGCGAACCUUUACUCCCGCUACAUCUCCUGCCUGCAGGGAGGCUUUCUUUCUCCAGACAAACAAGGUCUGAGCGAGCAGCACCAAAUGUUGGCAAAGGCCGGAAUCGCCAUGAAGGAGAAGGAAAUGCUGGGGAAGCUCUUAGGCCCGAUGGCGGCGGGAAUCGGUCACGGGCUGGGAGAAAAUGAGAAGCGCUCCCUCCUGGGCUGCCUCAACCUGGUUCCGCCUCUCAAAUCCAGCUGCAUGGAGCGUCUGCAGGCCGCCGCCAAAGUGGCUGAGAUGGAUUCCCUCAACAGCUACCAAGCGUGGCAGAUUAUGGCUCGUGGCAUCGCUAUGGACCGUGCCUUCAUGCCCAAGGAGCAGCUGCAUCAGCAACAGCAGCACCACCACGCCGCCCCCGGGCAGGAGGAUGAUAUGACGGCAGCCGGUGCCGUGGCCUCCUUCUCCAAGGAGAAACAAGACUUUGCACACAUGACUUCCGCAGAUGGCUCCAAGAAGCAACUAUCAGAGGCUUUGCAGGGUUCCAAGGCCGCUAGUGCCGCCAUUAUGUCGAUUAAGGACGAAGCCAGAGGCUUCGACUUGAUGUCCCACCACAUCGGUGCCGAGACGCCCGGCAACCUGUCCGGCUUGGGGAACCCCAUUAUGGACUACGGCCUCUCCAACCUGAAGGAUAAGCCUUCAGAGUGCCCCGACUGCGGCCGGGUUUUCAGAACCUAUCACCAGAUGGUGGUCCACUCCCGCGUCCACGGCAAGGAUCGACGCGGCGCGGAGGAAGCGCUCCAGCAGCAAGGCGUGGACGAACGCCGCGGCUCGGCCAGCGACCCCGAGUCCCAGUCCAUCAGCCGUUCCACCACACCCGGGUCCUCCAAUGUGACCGAGGAGAGCGGAGCCGGAGGCGGACACUCGCAGACGGGAAGCGUCCAGGAUGACAGCCCGCAUCCCUCCUCACCUUCUUCAGAUGCCGGCGAGGAGGCGGCAUCGGCAGCAGCAAAGGUGGCCGUCAGCGUGCCGCCGUCCAUGUCGCAGCAUCGCGAGCGAUCCUUGGGCUCUGCCUCCAAAGACUGCCCCUACUGCGGGAAGUCCUUCCGUACCUCGCAUCACCUCAAGGUCCACCUGCGCAUUCACACAGGAGAGAAGCCCUACCGCUGCCCUCAUUGCGAUUACGCCGGCACCCAGUCCGCCAGUCUCAAGUACCACCUAGAGCGCCACCACCGCGAGCGGCAGAACGGCUCGGCCGCCUCCGGACACGCCCCCUCGUCGGAUCACAAAGACGACCACGGGAAGGCGUUGGGCGGCGGCGUCUUCGCCCGCCCCGACGUUCUACGCAAUGUCUUUAAGAGCAUUCCCCCCAACUUGGACUUCAGGGGACACUUGCUGCCGCAUCAGUGGGCUUCAGCCAGCGUGGCGGCGGCGAGCGAACGCGGGGAUCGCCAUUUCGACGCCGCGGCCGAGAACACGAAGGCCAACGACGCCGACGGCCCCGCCAGCUUCUCCGACCUGAGCCGGGCCUACCAAAGCAUGAUGGGGAACGGAGUUCACUUCCAAGGCUCUCUGCAGGCUUUCAUGGACAACUUUGUCCUCAACUCCAUGAAAAAAGAUAUGAAGGACAACCAGAGUCCUGUCCAGAUCCAAGCCGCCCAGUCCUACCACGAUAACGGCGAGCCCAGAGCCAAGCGAAUCGCCCUGACGGACCAGGAUAUGGAUGAUAAACUGGAGGUCAAGCAGAAUCCGGGACCCUUAAAACCCGGAUCCCAGUUCGAGCCACUGGACCUCUCCGUCUCGGUCCGGCCCGAGUCCGGCUCCGGUUCUCUCCCCGGCUCCUCCGUCACUAUCCACGACAACGUGGCGUGGCACGGCUGCCUCUUCUGCUCCUUCUCCACCGCGUCCCUGGAGCUCAUGGCCCUUCACCUCCAGGCCAACCAUCUGGGUCAGGCUCAGAGAGCCGACAUGGGAAAGGACGCGCACGGCGAGGCUUCUCCCAACACCGAGCAAUCGCCCAACAUCAAGAGUUUGCUCUUGGACAAAGACGGGGAUGGAGAGAGGAACCAGAUUGGCUGGAACAACCACAUCGACCAGCCCUACAACCCCUUCCAGAGCGACUUCUAUAGACGCUUUGGCGGCCUGUAUGACGGAUCCCCCCGGGGAGGGCCUCAGGGUCUCCAAGGCUACAUGUCUGCCACCGAGCAGGGACUGGAACUUCCGGGCAAGGCCUUCAGAGGGACAUCUUCAGCUGGGGAUGACCAAGUCGGCGAGAGAAGCUCUUGCGGAGACCCUGACGAGGAGCGGGUGGGCUCCGACGACGAGGUCGCAAAGUCUGAGACGCAAGUCUCCGGUGACACUCCGUCAACCACCCCCAAACGUGGGCGACAUCACUCCGACGAGGAGAGGGAGGAUGCCGAAGAGGACGAGGAGCGAGAAGACGAUGCGGACCGAGACGAAGGAGGAAGUCCCGCUCCGGACCGUGUUCAGAAUCACCAGAAGCAGCCGCAAGACGGUUUGGCCGCCUCGGUGUCGCUUUUCCAGCAAAAUCAGAAGCAAGUCUUGUCCCUGGAGAAGCCGUGGCAGCAAGGCCUGCCCCUCCUGCCUCCGACCGAAGCCCCGCCGGGACUUCUGAAGGCCGAACAGCAGAUAAACAUGAUGUCGGUUCUCCGAGCCUACGGGAGCGACAACCUGUCGGCCUUUAACGUGAAGAGACCCGAUGCGUCCGUGCCCGCCUGGAUGUCGGAGGAGGAGGAGGAGGAGCAGCCGCUGACCCUCGACCCCGCCCUGAACCUGGACCAGGACCACCUCAACAGUGACCUCGACGAGCUGGCCGACCUGGACCGCGACGAGCAAAACUGAACCGAACGUCGAGGAAGGAAAACUUUAUUUAAACGGACGCGCGCUCGUAAGACGGACCUAAAAUUGAAAACACUUUUGUUUUGAAACUACCUGUGUGACGACGAGCACUUCCCGUCAUCUUUCGGACAACUUUUUGGCUUUCCUUCCUUUUUUUUUUUCUCUCGAGUGUCUCUCCUGUAUUCCGCAAAGCGAGACUUUGUAUACUUGGAAAUCUAAAUAUCGUACCCGGAAUGUAUUCUUCUGUAGAUUAGCCACGUUAGCUGGCUAGCUAAACGGUUAGCGACGUUUCCGAGGCUGUCGUUAAAUGGAAAAGAAAAAAAAAAAAACAAGAUGCAAAGAACAAAAAACAAAAAAAACUGAGGAGGACUUUAAUCUGUGUUUGUAUGUUGGGUUUUUUCCAUUUGCAAUCAAAAAGUCACUGAUUAUUUUGUUGAUUUGUUUUAGGAUGGAUUGAAUUAACAAUUAAAAAGCAUUGGGAUUGCCCUUAUAAGUAUAUAAAUCAUAAAAUAUAUAUAUCCAAUAUAUACAGAACAUUAAAUUGGAAAAUUAAAUUAAAAAUGAAGAAUUUCUUUAAAAUAAAUAAAAGCUUUCUGGGUUAACUGCAGUUUCCUAAUUGAUUUUUUCUUGUCCUUAAAACCUGUAAAUAUACCAUUUCAAUCUACUAAAAACUUUGGAAAUGUGUUUAUCACAAAUAGGCGUUCAAUCUAUAUGAAAGUUCCUACAUUAUGUAUAUAUGCCAUUGCAAUAAUCCAAUCUACUAAAAACUAAAUGAGUUUAUCACUGGUAGACGUCCAAUCCAUGUGAAGCGAGUUUGGACAUCUAUUUAUGUCAAUGGCACUCAAUUCAUUUCCUAGACAAAUAAUCAGUGACUUUUCCCCACUGCGUGUUUGGCAAGAACCGACAACGUGUGACUUUUUUCGAUGAUUGUGAACUGAACAAGGAGCACUUGAACUGCCCCAAGAUGUACUUAACCCUUCCGCCCACAUAGAGGCGCCCUUCCUCCUAUUUUCGGUUGUUGUUUUUUUCUCAAUGUACAUAAAGAGAUUUAGGGAGGACGUUCCCAAGGAGCGUCGUAAAAGAAAAGAAAAAAAAAAAGAAGAGGCGUUUAUCAAGCCGACGUUCUUCUCUCUGGAAGAAUUAAAAGAAAGAAAAAAAAAAAAAGCAAAACGAGGGUUUUUGUAAAAUACCGCCAGCCGUCGUCGUUGCACAGUGUUGCUGAAUACUACUGAUGAGGAGGAGGAAGAGGAGGAUGGCGAUGCAAGAAAAAGAAGGACAUGUUGUGUAUAACCUUAGCUCGGACCAAGCCGCGUUAGCUAUGCUUAGACUCUUAGGACGUACGCUUUGGGUUCUCUCCUCUCAUUUUUAAAUAGAUAUAUAAUACACUGCUCACAUAAAAGUCGGCGUAUGGGCUUUUGCCGUGAACUUUCGGGAUGACCCUAAAAGCGGCUUCGUUUGGUCGACGGAUAAGUUUUCAAGUCCAACUGUUGAAGGGAUUUUGCACGACAAGACGAGAAGCGCAAAUGCCAACUUUGACAAUGUUUCACCUUUGAAUGUCAGUAAGUUUAUUACUAGUAGACGUCCACUCCAUUUGACGUGGAAGGGCUCAAACGUCGAUGGCAGCCAUUGAUUUCAGCUGUGUCUGACCAAGGCCUGUUAGCAAUUGCUUUAUAUUUUCAACUUAGAAUGCAGUACUUUCGUAUUAAUUAAAAAAAACAUUUUGUUUUGAAAUAUUUUUUCCAAAAAAACUUUAGCGAUACCACACAGUCGGUCGUCGGAAUCGAGAGCCAAAACAACGGUAUCCACUCGGGUUAUUCUUUUCCCUUAAAAAUUUCUGACUUUUCUUGGCAAAAAAAAAAUAAAUGUAAAUGAAAACAAAUCUUGUCACUCAAAACACACAAAAAACUUUUCUCAAACAUAUCCUGACCAAAUUUUUAAAUUAUCCCAGAAAAAUCUCCCUAGAAAAAAAACCUAACACUUUAUUUUGAAUGCUUCUUAUAAGAGUGUCACAGUUUUGCUCAAUUAGAUUUACUCGAUUAACUUUUUGAGGAAAAAUCUACUUCAAAGUGUAGUUGUACCAUGCGAUACUUGAGUAGAUUUCUGAAGAAGAAACGCUUCACUUACCCCGCUACUUUAGAUUUUUCCGCUUUUGAAUUUAUUUUUGCCAGCACGGUGGCCCUAGCAGUUUCUCCAACAAGACGUCGCAGCAAUAAUCGACAACACCGUCACAUGACCGCGCGCAAGCUUGCAGUCGUAACUCCUACGAUCACGCCGGCCCGUUCGAGACGACGUGACUCAAAGCGCGGAUUUCAAACUCUAGCUUACAAGUUUCUAUUUGGCACCGAUAGACGAUUGAAAAGCGGAGACGUGAUAGAUUUUAAUUUCAUGGUAGGAAUUGCUCUUUGCACGGGUGAUCUUUCUCGAUUUGUCGUCAAAAUUCAAUGAUUUUUGUUCAUUUCUCUUCCCUAAUAUGGUCACGUAAUAGGUAACAGUACAGUCUGAUAAUAACAGUUCAUUUAGAUGACAUGCUGAGAAAACGAAAUAUACAACCAUUGUUGAAACAAAAUCUGCUAUUGCAAGCAGUUAUUCAUGACUUGGGUAUUCUUUUCAGUCAAUACAUACCAUUUGCAUUCCAGUCCAUUUUUUGGAUGACUACUUUGACUUGAGUAAUAUUAUUUUGAAGAAACGCUACUCUUACUUUGAGUCCAGUUUUUGGCUACUCUACACCUAACACAAGCCACCAAAAAAAGAAUCAUAAUAAUAAAUGCCUAUUUGUUAGAAAUAUUUGUUUUAUUCUUAAAGGGGGGGGAUCCUGCAAAUUUGAAGCGUCUUGAGAAAUAAAAUGAAUAUUUCAAUUUAAAAAAAUAAUACUUUUUUUGUUAAAUAAUUAAAAUGUUGAAUGAUAAGGAAACUUAAUGAAGCUGUUGAACUUUUUUUUUUUUUUGGGGGGG